UUUAAGGGGGAUCACGUGACGUAACAUGGAUGUCACCUUUUAUCAGUCUGUUGUGAUCUUACACUACAGAUCCUGUUCCUAUUGUGCUUAAAACACAACCGUCGUGGAACAGAAACAAAACAUUGCAGGCACAGGGGACAGUGAAACCUUUGACCAGCCGAGUGACCGAUCCAGAAGCGGACGGAAUUUCUGCCCAGCGGCUCUGCCCAUGUCUGCAGGCGGCGUUGAAGUUGCCUGGACCCCGGAGAGCUGAGCGCAGUGCCACCGGCCGUCCAGCCUAGCGAAGCCCGGCGUUUUCUCCCUCUUAUCCUUGGCCUGGCUGUAACGUCGGUAGAUAUUUUAUAAAAAAUGCUGGCUGCGGAUGGCGAUGGCGGUUACAAUGGUCCCGCUGCGAAUAUGGACACUUCGGAGGAAACGGGGAACGACGGAAAGGACCAAAAGAAGCAAGGGACCAGGGUCUUCAAGAAAUCCAGCCCAAAUGGAAAGAUCACAGUGUACCUGGGAAAAAGAGACUUUGUCGACCACCUAACACACGUGGACCCAGUAGAUGGCGUUAUCCUGGUGGACAAAGAAUACCUGAAGGACAGAAAAGUGUUUUCACACAUUCUAGCAGCAUUCCGAUAUGGGCGUGAGGACCUGGAUGUGUUGGGGCUGACGUUUAGAAAGGACCUGUACAUCGCCUCCGCCCAGGUCUACCCACCGCAGCCCUCCGAACAGAAGCCUCUAACCAGACUUCAGGAAAGGCUCAUCAAAAAACUGGGACAGAAUGCCUAUCCUUUCUUCUUUGAGAUGCCCAAAAAUGCACCAUCAUCGGUCACCCUGCAGCCUGCCCCAGGGGACACUGGGAAGGAAACACCAUGUGGUGUGGACUACGAACUGAAGGCAUUUGUUGCAGACAGCAUAGAAGAGAAAGCUCACAAAAGAAAUUCUGUACGACUUGCCAUCCGUAAAGUGACAUACGCCCCCUCGACGCCUGGACCUCAGCCCUUCGCAGAGGCCAGCAGAGAAUUCAUGAUGAGCGCCAACCCUCUACACCUGGAGUGUUCGCUGGAUAAAGAGUUGUACUACCAUGGGGAGCCCAUCAACGUUAACGUGCAGAUAACCAACAACUCCAACAAGACAGUCAAGAAAAUCAGAAUAUCAGUUCGACAGUUUGCUGACAUCUGCCUGUUCUCCACGGCUCAGUACAAGUGUCCAGUUGCCAUCCUGGAAACAGAGGACGGUUUUCCUGUAGGGCCCAGCCAGACGUUAUCCAAGGUGUACACGGUCUGCCCGCUCCUGAAGAACAACCUGGACAAACGGGGACUGGCGCUGGACGGCAAACUAAAGCACGAGGACACCAACCUGGCCUCAUCCACCAUCAUGACAAAGGACACAACCAGAGAGAAUCUUGGGAUAGUUGUGCAGUACAAGGUUAAAAUCAGGCUGAUCGUGGCCUAUGGAGGAGACCUGUCUGUUGAGCUGCCCUUCACUCUGAGCCACCCCAAACCUGAGACCCCACCUCCCAGCCCUAAACCUGACAGGGCACAAGAAGCACCAGUGGACACAAACCUCAUUAAUCUGGAAACCAGCGAAACCCCGGAUAGUUACGGUAAGGACGAUGAUGACAUAAUCUUUGAGGACUUCGCUCGCAUGCGACUUAAGGACCACGAAGGCGGCGACACCGAAGCCUGAGGAAACCCAAAAAGGCUCCCUCUUGAUUCCGCAAAGUUGGUGUCACCAUUUUCCUUCAAAACAGAACUGCCUUCAGAUGGUAGGGAGUUCCCUAGACUGCCUUGUAUAUUAUCAACAACCGUUGGAAAGUAUUGCUUGAUUGAAGUUUCAAAUUUCGAUCCAACACAAAACAUAAUGGCUGUUUGGCCAUACCUUCAGCCUUUGUCAGGUUGACUGACCCAAGUACUUCUGUCACAUGACUAGUAGUGGGUCAGAGGAGCCUGGGAGGCUGCACAGGAUUAAAAGUUGAAACUUUGAUCAUCUUUGCUACCAACACAGGUUGAUUUUCAUGCUAAUAAAAGUCUCAUUCUUUAGAUAGAUAAUGGAGUUACGCAUAUACUACCAACCACCUAGCCAAUAACCAAGACUCAUAUGUGUAAUAUUGUGACCAAUGAACGUGAUGAUUUUGUAACUGCCAUACCAUUGUGUGAAUAGUCUGUGGUAAAAAACAAAAGGACCGUAAAUUCGUCUGCAAUGUAUCAUAGAAUCGCAGUCGAUAGUUACAUAGUUUAUUGCACAUUUAUAUUGUGUUGAAAAUCUAUCUAGGAUAACUGUCUUGUAAAGUGGAUGUUUUGUAUAAAUUUUCUAGAGUGGGUAUACAUGUACUUUCUAGCCAAGCCUUUUUUUUUCAUAAAUCCAGAUAAUCAAAAUCACAAAUUCUUCAGGUCGUCUAAUUCUUCAUUUCAUAAUUCAGGUCUUAUUUAUUUCCAAUAAGCCUCUUCAAUAUAUGAUACAUAUUGCUGGAAGUUGAUUUUGCUAUACAAUAUAUAUUUACAUUGUAUAUCUAAAGAUAAAACUACCAUGAACAAGAACACUAUCAGUACAUUUGCAAGGGACCACUGCACUUAUGUCAACAAUACUAAAUGCCAUAUUUUGCGUAGCUUUAAGACCAUAAUAUUAACUUAUCUGGAUUCAUGAAAAACUAUUGAAUGUUUGUCUGCCUAUAUUCUAUUUCAAGGUUGACACUAGUCUUUGUUGUUACUGGUGAGUCUGUAAUGUCUUGUCUGUUCGGCUCUUGUACAGUUGUAGGUUCCAGGCCAAGCUUUGUGAAUCCAACCCUUACAUUUUAUAAAGGUAUAGAAUAUAUAUAUAUAUACGUGUGACACAGCCAUCGACAGUAUGCUAAAAGUAAUACUUCUGUAACUCUCCAGACUUUGUACAUGAAUGUGAAAAAUGUGAGUUUUUGAACUGCAGAUGGAACUAGUACAGCUCGAGUGUUAUUUUUAGAGCACUUUUUUAAAGUAAGGAAAGUGCAAAAGUAGAGUACAGGUUUAUUAGGACUCCUGAAGUGAUGAACAGAGGUCUUUAACCUUCUUCCAGCUGAGGAAGCCUUUUGGUCCAAACCAGAGGAGGCAGAAGGCAUAUCCCAGAGUUCCCUGUGACCUUUGACCCUCAGCUGGCAGGGGUUUGUGGAACGAGCAAGGAUUCCUCUUAAGUUUUGCCCAAUUUGCCCAUAUAUAUGUUCGAUAGACAGGAAACGGCAAUGUAUUGUGGGAUACGCCUUCUACCUCCUCUGGGUCCAAACUGUAGAGGUAACAUUAGGUCAGACAGCAGGGAGAAGGUGAACUGUCCACACGCUGAACAUUGACUUGUGGGAGUUGAAAGAUAAGCACAAAUGUCCGAGGACAUGACCUUCAACAGUCAGGAAUACUGAUAAUAACAGGUUUGUGUCAGCAGAACCUGUUCUGAUUUGACUGUUAUGUGUGCCGCCAUCUUGGAAAGUCAAAGUUUAAGUUCAAGGGCACUGUAUGUUUUCAAACUGUUCAUUAGACAAGGCCGACUUGUAAAUGAUGGGGGCAAUGUAAGAAGUAUGAAUGAGGGAGGGGGGCACUUUCGAUAAAAGAAAGCAGGUGGACCAAGUGUGAUUAUUUUCAGUGAACCACCCAAAGAAAAUCUUAGUAAGUACUGAAAUCAAGUCUUAUGCCAGCAUGAGUCUUAUUUCUUUCCUGCAUCCAUUGAAGUUUUAUUUCUAUACUAAUUAUUAAAAGCCUAGAAGGGAGAUAAAAUCAGCUAGCGAUUUAAUUCUUGUAGCAAGAAGUAUAAGAAUACUGACUUGUCCAGUAGACGAAAUGGAAGAAGUGACAGUAUAAAGGAUAUGAUCUUAGAUAUGUAUGAUAUAUUAAGUAAGAUAUCAUUAUGAGAACACUAGUGAACACAUUGUGCUUGAAGACACAAAAGCUUAAAUAUUGUCCUAAAGACUUUAUCCUUAUUAAUCCAUAUAAAGAAAAAAUGAAUUCGUAUGAUAAUAGUAUAUUGUGAGCUUGUCCCUGCUAGUUACAUGGACAUGAGCAUUAUUCCCUUGUGAAUUGUUCCUUGAUUCUGCCAUGUUUUGUGAAGUUCCCAUGCUUGGCUCUCUUGUAUACAGAUGAAGAAAAAAAAACUGUCGCUACACUAGAUGUAGUUAGCCAAACUAAAUCAGUUAUUAACAUGAGAAAACCCCAGUCAUGAACUAAUAGAUCCAAACAAGUUUGGUGUUCAGUUAGUACAAUGUUGUGUCAUCGCUAAACACACUAGGUAGUGUUGAGUUUAAAGAUUUGUUGUUGUUGUCACCUCAUCUGGUUUUGUAUUUCGUGCAACCAGUUAAGUAUAGUGUCUGGCAGCCCAAAUAUCAGAUAUUUUUUAGUCAGAUUAAUUAUUAAUUAUUGUUGUAGAGCCGUGGAUGUCACAAUCUUCUGUUUGAGUCGUAAUCGGUCUAGGUUCCAAUUAUUCCAUGACAGAAUGAACUUAAGUGUUGUCCAUAAUCUAGCAUCAUAUGAAAUUAUUGUGUAUAAAUAUUAUAUAUAUAUGAUUAUGAUUAAAACUGUAACUUGUAUGCCAACCACACGUGGGUUUUGUAUCAUUUUGUUUGGGUGCUUUUUUUGUGAGUGAACAUUUGUAGCAUGCACUUACACACCAGUUUAUGAGUUACAAGUCAGAUGGUUAGCAAAUUGAUUCUGGAUAUCAAAUUUCAUAUUUUUUUAAUUAUCUGUACCUUACACUAUUGAUUGCUAUCUAACGUGCAUUACAUAGUAUAUUUGCGAUGAUUAAUAUGAAAUUGUCACCAUUUCUGGUGAAAAGCAUGGCAAUUUAACUUUCGGUACACUAAUGAUCGAAUUUCCAUGAACAUUCCUUGGUCAUCCUAUUUUCAGCUCACCAAAUAUUACUGCUGCAGUUCCAAGAAACGCUGCAUGGAGGUGCAAACUUUUUUUUCACUUUUUUCCUGAGCAUACUGUCAAUAUUCAAGGCCGGCUGACAGACUGAAUUCAGAACAAAAGAUGUAAAAUGUUGUAGUUUACCCUAAUGUAAAUCUUCACAUUUGUUAAUCCUAUAAUCACGAAGAUACAGAAAAAUCCUGGGCAUCACAUACCUAGACUAUGUCACCAACAAGGAAGUCUACAAUAUUAGUACAUUAGCUAUUGUACCA